AUGUCCAAACUCCACUCUGCUGUCUACAUCGCGCCUCCAGUCCCUUUUAAAAGCCCAGGCAAAGGAAGCGGCGGAGGUCUCUGGUCACCCAUCUCCUGUACCCUCAUUUACUCUGCCACCGAGGCAGUUCUAGUCGACACACCCAUCACCAUCCAGCAGACCCAAGGACUCAUCGCAUGGAUCGAGCGCAUCGCUCCCAAGCGAAAGCUCUCCUACAUUUACAUGACGCACGGACACGGCGACCACUUUUUCGGGCUGCCACUGCUAGUACAGCGAUUCCCUGAGGCCAACCCCAUUGCUACAGCGGCCACGCUGCGGCAUAUGGAGCAGCAGAUCGAAGAGAAGAAUUUUCAAGGAUGA